UGUGUUCACCGUUCAGCCUCCUAACAUUGAAGUCUUCCUGAACAUUGACCCGUUUGAAAAACUAGUCUCGUUCGUUAUGAGAAAUUCAUUCAAGACUAUCUUCGAGAAUUCCCACGUUGACCAGAAUCUGUACAUUACUUGUUUUGUGAACACCACCCCGAGAUGAGAAGCCUCUUGUUUGGUUCAAUUCCUAUUUCAACGUAUGAUCGCGCCAAAUAUUUGCAAGAAGAACUCUGUUGUCACAAGCAUCGCGAACACUGGCAACAUCGAGGCCGAAGGACUUCGUUCUCAAAGAUGGCCAAAUCCUAUUUGGUGCGGAAUGGCCAAUGCCUCACCGAAUGUAUCGAUCCGAUUUACAAGGACAAUCAAAGCGACGAAAUUGCCCAAAGCGAAGACUUGCUGAUUAUCAAUGUGGGUGGAAUGCCGUUCAAAGUGCUCAAAUCCAAUUUCUCCACUCUUCCUCGAACGCGUCUGUCACGUUUGGUCCGCGCAGUCUCGUCCCAGGAGAUCUUAGCUUUGUGCGAUGGUUAUACUCCAGGUCCACUUCCAGAGUUCUAUUUCAAUCGGAAUUGGACUUCGUUUAAUUCGAUUCUGGACUUCUACCGCAUGGGCACACUUCAUCUCACGGUAGACACGUGUGCCAUGGUCUUCAAGGAUGACCUGGCCUUCUGGGGGAUUGACGAGCUCUAUUUGGAUCCGUGUUGUGCUCUCAAAUAUUACCCUGAAAUCGAAGCCUGUUUCAAAGAGUUCAAAGGAGAUCAAAUGGCCAGACAACGCGAUGAAGAUCGAAAAAAGUACGAAAAUUUCGGGGACAGUCACAUCGGUCGAAUACGAGGGACCUUGUGGAGAAUCACAGAAUAUCCUGAGACCUCAUUAGCGGCACAGGUGGCUGGGUUUUCGUCUUUGGGCGUGGUGAUCAUCUCGACGCUCACUUUCAUUCUGCAGACGUUCCCUGAAUUUCAAGAAGACGACAUUGGUGCCAAAGAAAAUCCGAGUGUGGUUUUCGCUCUUAAAAUCAUAGAUGACCUCUCGAUCUCAUUCUUUACUCUCGAGUAUCUGAUUCGUUUCGCUUGCGCUCCACGCAAGUGGAUCUUUGUCAAAGAUCCCAUGAACUUAGUGGACUUAUUUGCCAUCAUACCUUUCUACCUGACCUUGGUCCUGGAUAGCAUGGAGGACAUGCAGAUCAUAGGCAAGGCCGGUAAGCUCGUCCGAUUGGUCCGGGUUCUGAGGAUAAUGCGUAUCUUCAAACUGGUGCGACACUUUGCCGGUCUACAAUCCCUGAUCUACACGUUGAACCAAGCCUACAAGGAGCUCGGUCUCCUCAUGCUACUUGUGGGUGUAGCUGUUCUGACCUUUGCCAGUCUGGUCUACUAUGCAGAAAAAGACACCUUGGACGAAGAUGGAUGGACUUUCUUGGACAGCUUCUGGUGGGGCAUCAUGACUUUGACCACCGUGGGCUACGAUCAUAAAAGCCCAAGAACUUUCAUGGGCAAAGUGAUUGGCGGUCUGUGCGCUUUGGUUGGGAUCUUUAUCCUGACUCUGCCCAUUCCGAUCGUGGUGAAUAGCUUUGCCAGUUACUACAAGAACCGCUUGUGGCGGAAUGAGGUCUCACAUCGACGAGCGGAAAAGUUAGAGGAACAGGAGCGGAAGAUCAAACAAGCGGAGGCGUUACUUGGACUGAAGCGUUGCACCAAACACACCCCUUUGGAACAAGAUGGCCUUCUGACGUAGAGUGGUUUAUCG